CUUGUGCGACUAUAGGAAUCACAUGAAUUGUCGUUUGCAGAGUGUUACGAGAUAAUAAAUCAACCUUCCCGAAGCUGUUUCAUACCAUCGGGAACACUGUAGCAGACAAGGGCUUAGUCCUUCCGCUAGUUAGUGUAAACGAUGCGGCUCACAGUUCUCGCUGUACUCUGCGCUGGUGCCUUGGGUGCCACUGUGCAAGAUGUGAACGAUUUCAUGGACACCGUGUUGGAGGAACGGAUGCAGAAGUACGCCGAUUUGGACCCGAUGAACGCCCCAGAGCGCUACACGAAACUGGGAAACUUUAUCCGCAGCGACUGGACAGCGAACAUCAAAAACGUGAAGGUGAUAGGUCUGAGCAAAGUGAACCGAUCCGGCGACUGUGCCGAGGCCAAGACGCUGCCAUCCGGACGCGUGUUAGUGCUGUGCAGCCUUCUCCUCGACAACCUGGCGGUCCAGUUCACGUCGCACCAGCGCUACCUGGGUGGUCGGCCGGACGUGUUCGGCGUGACGGCCACGUUUUCCCCGACUUUGGCUUCGCUUCACGCCGAGGUCGGGGCUCGCCGCUACCCCGACGUAAAGCUGACUGUGCGCAGCAAGCUCGAGCCGGCGCUAACAUAUACAAACCUCGGUAACCUAACCGAGAACGGAGCCAUGAAAUUCGGCUACACAUACGUCUCCUCGGACACACUGCAAAGGAAGCUGAAGAAAGACUAUGUCGACUACCUCGCCGAAGCUAUGGUGGGCGUUCCAGUGCCGUACGCGAACAAUCUAUGAACCACUUCAAGGCGGAACAGAGAAGCGCUCAAUAAAGUUACAUUUUGUUGCGUA